AUGGCGACUCAUCCUGUUGCUGUAGUCUGUAUCGGCAUGGCCGGUUCGGGCAAGACCACGUUCAUGCAGAGGAUCAACAACUAUCUGCAUGUGAACAAGAAGAAACCAUAUGUCCUGAAUCUGGACCCUGCCGUCCUCAACGUCCCAUUCCAGCCGAACAUCGACAUUCGCGAUAGCAUAAACUACAAAGAGGUUAUGAAGCAGUACAACUUGGGUCCUAAUGGCGGCAUCCUCACGUCGCUCAACCUAUUUGCGACCAAGAUUGAUCAAAUCAUUACCCUACUGGAAAAGCGAGCCAAUCCUCCGCCGGACAGCAAUGUACCCGCCCCGAAACAUUUUCUGGUCGAUACACCAGGUCAGAUUGAAGUUUUCGUUUGGUCGGCGUCGGGCAGUAUUCUUCUCGAGUCUCUGGCGUCGUCAUUCCCAACUGUCAUCGCCUAUAUCAUUGACACGCCGCGCACCUCUUCUACGUCCACAUUCAUGUCCAAUAUGCUCUACGCUUGCUCGAUACUGUACAAAACAAAGCUUCCCAUGAUUUUCGUCUUCAAUAAGACGGAUGUUCAGGACGCGGAUUUUGCAAGAGAAUGGAUGACAGAUUUUGACAAAUUCCAAGAAACCUUGGAUGAGGAGCAGCAGAAAGGUGUCUUCGGCGGCGAAGGAUUUGGUGGAGGAAGUGGUUACAUGGCCAGUCUGUUGAACAGCAUGAGUCUCAUGUUGGAGGAGUUCUAUUCACAUCUCAAUAUGGUUGCGGUGUCCAGCAUGACUGGUGAAGGUGUGGAUGAAUUCUUCGAGGCUGUAGAGGAAAAGCGGAAGGAGUUCGAACGUCAUUACAGACCAGAACUGGAGAAGCGAAGGAAAGAGCGUGAGAAAGAAGGUGCUACGAAGCAAGAAAAUGAUCUUACGAAAGUUAUGAAAGACAUGAAAAUGGACUCCAAGACCAAGCCUAAUGAAGCAGCGACGAAGGACUCCGACGAAGACGAAAGUGACGAAGAGGAGGCAGCCGAUCCUGAUGAUUACCCUGACGCAGAACGCGAUGACGACGAGGAGGGUUUGAAGCAAAGGUACAGGAAUGCCCUGCGGGAACAAGGCAUUCAGGUGGACGAUGAUGACCCCACGGUUGCAAGGAUGCUGGCAGAGACGAAGCGAGGAGGAUGA